UGCUAAUUGCUAUAUGCCCUAGCUACACUGCAACUCCAACUCCAACUCCAAGUACUAAUUUUCCUUGUUCCCUGAAAACCACCAUUAGAAUUAACGGUGAACUAGAAGAAGAAGUGCAAAAGAAGAGUAAUGAAGCUUGAUGUAAAUGUUCUGAGGUAUCUGUCCAAAGAUGAUUUCCGGUGUCUCACUGCUGUCGAGAUGGGAAUGCGCAAUCAUGAAAUUGUGCCUGCAGAGCUCAUUGAACGCAUUGCUUCGCUCAGGCAUGGAGGGACUUACAAGGUGUUGAGGAAUUUGCUUAAACACAAGUUGUUGCAUCAUGAUUCUUCUAAGUAUGAUGGGUUCCGGCUAACGUACCUUGGUUAUGAUUUUCUUGCUAUCAAGGCUUUGGUAAACCGAGGCGUGUUUUCAUCUGUGGGACGCCAAAUUGGUGUGGGGAAAGAAUCCGAUAUUUUUGAGGUUGCAAACGAAGAUGGAACAGUUAUGGCCAUGAAACUACACAGGCUAGGGAGGACCUCUUUUAGAGCUGUCAAGUCUAAGCGUGACUACUUAAAGCACCGCCGUAGCUUUAGCUGGUUGUAUCUGUCUCGUCUUGCUGCUCUUAAAGAGUUUGCUUUUAUGAAGGCGUUAGAAGAACAUGGUUUUCCUGUUCCGCAUGCCGUGGAUUGCAAUCGUCAUUGUGUGAUCAUGUCACUUGUACAAGGCUAUCCACUUGUGCAGGUGCAGCAGUUGCAAAAUACUGAUACUGUCUUUGAGAAGAUCAUAGGAAUCAUUGUACGUCUAGCGGAGCAUGGCCUGAUUCACUGUGACUUCAAUGAAUUCAACAUAAUGAUAGACGAUGAUGAGAAAAUUACUGUCAUUGAUUUUCCUCAGAUGGUUUCCGUAUCUCAUCGAAAUGCAGAAAUGUACUUUGAUCGUGAUGUUGAAUGCAUUAUUAAGUUUUUCAGCAAGAGGUUCAACCUUACUUUUGAAUCAAAUGCUGAGGAUUCAGAGUCAGAUGAAGAAUCGGAUAGUGUAAAACCUCGGUUCUCUUCAAUUAAAAAAGCAUCUGGUGUUCUUGACAAGGAACUUUCUGCCAGUGGUUUUAGUAAGAAGGAACAAGAUGAUAUUGAAAAGUUUACUGAGAAUAUUUCUGGUACCGACGAUGAAGAUACCGAAGAAGGUGAAGAUUUAGAAGAAGAUGGAGACAAUUCUACAAUUAAUGCAUCGGACAUCCAAAAAUUUGAUACUCUAUGCUUAUUGACUAAGGAUGAUGAGCAACUGAACACUUCUGGUGAUGUAGAAGAGGUUCAAGAGGAUCGUGAAGGGAAGCAGGUAGAUACAAAUGAUCAGGCAGAAGAUGAUGAAAGCGAAGAGGAUGAGAAUCCUGAACUUCUAGACCGUCUAGCCAGGCAGCGAAAACGUGCCAUUCAAGCAGCUCGUGCGGGGAGGAAGACCAAUUCAUCAAGAAAUGCUUAUAAAGACAAGGGUGGUAAAUCCUCUCAUAAUUCCAAGAUCCAAAAACAAAUGAGUAGUUGGUGAUCACAUGUUUACUCUUUAUUAUAAGUUUCGAAUACAACUUUGUUUUUGUGCAUGUAUGCAUGCACAUAGAUGCCAUACUAUAUUAGCUUGAGAAGAGUAAGUUAUGAAAAGAAGACAAGUGAAAGCUAUGAAAGCAACUAAUAUCCUAAUGUGUGUAACAUACAAUUUUUGUAGUCAUCAAAUAUUGUAGGUAAAAAGAUGCUGAGUUAAAUUUUUGUCACAUAUAUUAUGGUUUUUAAA